GGCCUGUGUUGCUGAGCUGGCUGUAGGAUGGAGGGCUUCUCCGGACCGUACCGAGCCGUGCUGCUCUCCCUCGGCCUGCUGCUCUCCCUCCCCGCGGGAUUCUGCUGGGACGCCGACCUGGAGCUGUUCGACCUGGUGGAGGAGGUCCCGGAGACUUUUUACCGCUUCCUGUCGGUGGAACAGGAUGCCUCGCCAGCAGAAAUAAAGAAGGCGUACCGCCGCCUGUCUCUCCUCCUCCAUCCUGAUAAAAACAAAGAUGAAAAUGCUGAAAACCAGUUCAGACAGCUGGUGGCCAUUUAUGAAGUCCUGAAGGACGAGGAGAGACGACGCAGGUACGAUGACAUCCUGGAGAACGGCCUUCCUGAUUGGAGGCAGCCGGUCUUUUACUACAGACGAGUGAGGAAGAUGAGCAACGCUGAGCUGGGCUUCCUCCUCUUCCUCAUCCUCACAGUCGGACACUACGCCGUCAUCUGGUCCAUUUACCUGGAGAAGCAGCUGGACGAGCUGCUGAGUAAGAAGAAGAAAGAGAAGAAGAAGAAGCUGAGCAAACCGUCAGAGGACGUCAGGUGUAUCGGUCAGGACCGGAGCGACAGAGUCCAGGACCGGCCUCACUGGCAGGACAUCCUCCCUCUGAAGCUGAGCAUCUGGCUGUACCUGUCCAUCAAAAACCUGCCCCAGACCGUACAGGAGGUGAAGCAGUACUACGAAGACUACCAGCAGAUGAAGCAGCAGCAGAGAGAAGAAGCUGAAGCUGAACAGGAGGUGGUCAUCAGAGAGAAGAAGCCGAAGGUGAAGAAGCCGAAGGUGGAGUUUCCUGUUUACGAGCCGUCGGUGGAGAACGUUCAGAGCUACGAUCAGGCCACGUCCAUCGAGGAGAUCGAGGACCAGAUGGACGACUGGCUGCAGGAGCGCCGGGGCGGGAAGAAGAAGGUGAGUGAUUGA